AUGUCAAAUGAGGUUCUUCUUCCUUUUAUCCUCCUCUUGAUUUCUACCUCUGUUUUUUCUCAGAAAUCUGUAGCUUUUGGUUCCCCGGAUCGAGAACAGAACUUUACGAGACCCGAUCCUUUGUCCCACUUCAAAUUAUACAAGGGAGUCUAUGAUCUUGAGAACAAACAUUACUGGGCUUCUACAGUAUUUGUGGGGGUCCAUGGUUAUGCGAUUUCGGGAGUUUGGAUGCUAUGUGGAUUGGGUUUUGGGAGUUACCUGAUAUUCAAGAACUGCUGUGGCAGCUCUUCCCCAAUUACACACUAUUCAGAUUGUUCAUUUAUCACAAUGUUGUUGCUGGUUGUUCUCUUCUCCCUUCUUGCCAUAGUUGCUAGCAGUUUGGUCAUAGUGGCAAACAGGAGAACCUUUCACAGAACCAGAAAAGUAAAAGAAACCAUAGUUGGAGCUGUUGGUGAUGCUCGUGAAACAAUCCAAAGAGUAACAAGCACCAUGGAAGACAUGCAAAACCUUUUAGGUCCAUAUGAUCCACACACAAUUGUUCUCUUGCAUUCAACAGCGUCUGGGCUCGGAAGGGAGUCACAAAUGAUUCAACAGUUUGUUCGCAAGAAAGAACGCCUCAUCGAUAAAGCAAUUCAAGCCUCGUACAUUGUACAUCUUGUGGUGGUAAUUGUCAACCUGGUACUGUUGGUCGCUGCACUAGUUCUGCUCUUGCUGCAUUGGCACUCAGGAUUUAUCAUAAUAAUUUUCUUCUGUUGGAUCUUGACAACUUUAUGUUGGGUUCUGACUGGCUUCAAUUUCUUCUUUCACACUUUUGCUGAGGACACUUGCUCAGCUCUGGAGGAUUUUGGAGAAAACCCCCAAAAUAACAGUUUGAGCUCACUAGUACCGUGCGUGAGUUCAACAGACUCUGAUAAACUCUUGGUGAAAAUUGGCUACACUGUUCAUUCAUUCAUGGGCGAGGUGCUAAGUUGA